AUCUUUUCCAAGUAUGGGGUGCCUUUAAUCGCGGGAUAAAUCAAAAGAAUUGUCAAAUCAAAAUACAGAACAACCUUAAUUGUCUGAUGGUGAAGCGAUAGAUCCAAAAAUAAAGAAAGACUUUGAAAGUUAGUCACUCGAAGAUAUGUAGAAGAAGGUAGUUAUUGAGCCUUCUAUUUCAAUUGAUGAGGAUAAUAGCAGUAAUUCACCUAUGAGUCAUUUCGAUGAAUAAAUUAAAAAAAACUUUUUCAAAAACCAGGCAAAACCUAAGAUAUUAAAAAAAAAUAUCCAUCGUGAUUUCUCUCCCAAAAGAACUCAAGAAUAAAAGUAAAAUGAUUUAAAAAGAUCUUCUUCGUAAAAAUGUAUUGAAGGAAACUACAUACCAAAAAACAAGUUAUAUUACUAAAAAUAUAGAGAAAUUAAUAGAAAUAGGAUGAAAGAUAGAAUUAAUAAGCAUAUAUAAGAAUAGCAACAAAAUAAUUUAGAAAAUAAUCAAACACAAAUAUCCUAAUAGAUGAUAAUAGAGCCCUUUCAAGAACAAGAAGUAGUUGCUCAGUAUUCAAGAAAGAAUAGCGAAAGUCAGUGUUCGCUUUCUGAGAUUGAUAUAAUUUGUUACUCUUGUCAGACAAAGAUUUAAACUAAUAUCUUCCAACCAGAAUGUUUGCACAAUUAUCAUUAAAAUUGCUUAUCAGAAUUAAUUACUUAACAAAUCAAAGGUGAUAAAUUACAGAUUUAUUGUUUAUGCAAUAAAGUCAUUCCAACAAAAUUUAUUGCAUUUGUCUUAAAGUAGAGUGAUAAUUAAAAUUAAGGCUAAGAUUAUUUGGAUACAUACUUUAAUAAAUAACACGAUUUUCUAACUUAAAACUUAUUUUGA